AUGGGAUGGUUUGGAGGAAGCAGUUCAUCACCUGCAAAAGUAUCUGUAGUAUCGGAAUAUACUGAAGCUCAACAACAACAACAACAACAACAACAAUUUCUUGAAGAUCUUCCACCUAAAUUCCAAGAUGAUGUUCCACCCCAGCAUAGACCCAUUAAACAACAACCGACAAUAAUUGAUGUACUUAAAGAUAUAAAACUAUCUGAUUUUACUAUUGAAAGAUUUACAGGUAUGCCAUGUUUUAGAGAAGGAAUGAUUACUGGUUUUCAAGCUAUGAGUGUAUUAGGGAUUGUUACAUUCUUUAUUCGAAAGAAUAUUAGUCAGAGUAUGAAUUGGGCAGUAGGUGGAUUCUUUUUAGGGAAUGUAUUAGGGUUUGAACAAUGUAGAUCAGUUAGAAGAAGAUCAUAUAUGGCAAUUGAAAAGGCUAAACAAUUAAGAGAAGCUAAGAAUAGAGCUAAAUGGGAUGAAAUGCAACAAGAAGAUAAAGAUGAAGAUUUUGAAAAAUUUCAACAAUUUAAUUCUAGAAGGUAA